AUGCACAGGGGGUCCACGGUCCUCGGUCCACGGUCCACGGUCCAGGGCUCCACGGCUCCACGUACCGCCCUGGCGCCGGGACAGCCCAGACUACCAGCCCACUUGGUGCAAACGCUUGGCGACGGGCCGCAAGACUCGCUCUACAGGACAUUUCUCCCGAUCAACAUGACUCUUGAUCUGCAGCCGCACCUGAACCACAACAAGAUCGGCCUCUUGCAUCUGGCUGACCUGAAAUCCCCCCAGUCAGCGCGCCACUCGUGGGAAAUCGAUCUGCGUCGUCUGCAUUCCCCCAAUUCGGAAAACCUCGGGGAGCUACAGCCUAACGCCCCCCGGGAAAAAGGAGGCCAGCCUGGCCAGGCUGGUGGUACACCCGAAUCGUCAUGGCCAGUCGAUGAACAGAAGCCCGCAUGUGUGCCAUCUAAUGUCCGGGGCUCACUAUCCAGUAUCGGUCCUCGGAUGGUCUCCUCUUCUGACCUCGACCAAGAUGAGCAGGUCGACCUGUCUGCAGCUUGGAGAUCCCCUUGGCCAUGGAGUGUCACCUGGCGUCGCCGAAAAGGCGCUGCGCUGCCGUCCUGUGCUUUAUUAUCGCCGCAUUGGCUGCAGUCGUAG